CACAGUUUGUUUACAUUUUGUUUUCGGUGCGAUCGGCACCUUUCUUACCGGGUUUGCAACUAACCAUGGAGUGCGAUUGGGAUGAAAUGGUCGACUCCAUAGUCUAUAAAUUGCAGCAUCAACUGCCGCGCACUGCUAGCGAGGUGGACACCAUACGGCAUCUAGCAAAUGUGCCGAAACUCUGUGACCUUUUCCGCUCGUGGCUACAAAGACUGCCAAACGUGCGUGCCAGCGGGGAGAACAAAUCCAACCAGUUUCGCACCCGUGGCAACGACAUGUUUAAAGCCAGCACGCCAGAGUACCAUGUGGUGGUGGAAGCGUACAGCAAAGCGAUCUUUGCUGCCCCUGGCGGUUCGAGAGCGCUCGCACUGGGACACGCGAACCGUGCGGCCGCGCUCAUGCGUCUGCGCCGCUAUCGGGAAGCGUUCGACGAUUGCCAGCUCGCGCUGGACGGAGACUAUCCGGCGGACAGUCGACUGAAGGUGCUGUUCCGGCAGGCGGAAUGUGCCGAGCGGCUGGGUGAGCCAGUCAAAUUAGGUCCGAUUGUAGAAGGCAUAGCGCGAGUUGCUGCCGGGAAAGCGCUCCAAAAAGCAGAGCAACGAAGGCUGGAAGCAUGGCGUGCUAUGUACGAUGCAGCAGACAGAGACUGUACGGUAGAAGAGGACGAAAAUGCAACGACCCUCGUACCGUGUGAAGAAGCCGUCCUAAAAGAACAAGAAGCUCCCGCAGUCGGUCGCUAUGUUGUUGCGGCAGAAGCAAUCAAAGCAAACGAUACUGUUGCCAGGGAAACGGCCGUUUCGUUCGUGCCUGUCUACGAUCCGGAAAGCAGUUCCACGCUUCCUUCCUUCGACUGCCAAAAGUGUGCCAAAGUAAAUGUGGUCCCCUUUCCUUGUCCCACGUGUGGCAGAGCCUGCUACUGCAGCACACGGUGCCGGGUGGCUCAUCGGCCGGUGCACCGGUUUGAGUGCUUCGGCUACCAAAAGCACCUGUGGUAUCAGAUCGGAAUCGCCCAUCUCGGGUUGCGCUGCUUCCUGGACGGGUUCGGAACGAUUGCCGGAGAAAUGGUGAAGGCAACGGACGCAUCCGUCUGCUAUCAGCGCGUGCUGGAAGCGACCAGAGAGGAAGACAAUCCGUUCUCCCACUACGGUCGAGUGUUGCGGUUGGUGACGAACUUCGACAAGAUGGACCCCGACGAUAGGAUGCGGUAUACGCUGGCCGGUCUGAUGCUCACCAUCUAUCUCCAAGAAUGUACACCUUUUGCGGAAGCGGUGAAGGAUUGUGCCAUGCCACCGGCCGAACUGCUGGUGUGCUGUGGAGCGUUCAUCACACGCCACAUUGGCCAGCUGGUCUGCAAUGGGCACGCGAUCAGUGAGCUGCGCCUGGCCCUUCCUUCGAAGGGGCAAUUUUACAACCUAAACGAUUCGUUGCUGCUUGCCGGAACGCUACAUCUGUGCCUUAAAAGCUCCCGCGUGUUUACGGCCAUCUUUCCCCGCAUCAGCAUGUUCAACCAUUCCUGCGAUCCCAACAUACGCAAUCACUUCGAACGAGCGACACUCACGGUACACGCGACCCGUCCGAUCGGUGCGGGUGGCGAAGUUUUCAACUGCUACGGUCCACACUACCGGCUGAUGGCAGCAGCGGAGCGGAAGAUGCUGCUUCGGGCGCAGUACUGCUUCGACUGUGGCUGCGAGCGAUGCCGGGAGGGUGACGUUACGUUCGAGCAGCGUUUCAACAUGAUCCGCUGUCCCGCCUGUCGCCGGGAAUACUCGAAGGAGCUGAACCUGGAGGAACUGCCAACCGUGUGUGUGUACUGCUCGGCGGAAAUCCCCUCCGAAUGGUUAAGCCAAAUUUUGGAUCUGGAUCCAGAUGAUCGUCGCGACGAAACACGUAACUUCCAGCGCGCUGAGAGUGCGUAUAACUACGGCAAGCAAAUAUUGAUCCACAGCAAUCAAACGAGAGCCAUUGCGCUGCGGCACAUCCUCGAAUGUUUCACACGAAUAGCCACCUGCAAGGGAUUGGCCCACUCGAACGCGCUCAACCAGCUAGCGCUAGAGUAUGCGCUGCUGAUGCGGGAACGGUUCGGCCACAUGAGUUUGGAAUUUUUAACCGGCUGUUUCUACCUGCUGGACGUUUGGGCUAUGUUUUGCUAUUACGGCGACGAUGAACCGGAGCAGCAGGCCGAGGAGCGUACCGUGCUGAAACAGUUCCGCCAGGCGCUCGCUAUGAUUGGCGCCGACAAUCGGGGGCAGAUUUUGGAUUACAUGCAGCGGUACAAGAUAAUCGACGGGGAAUCGAUGGCAGAAUGCAUCGAAACAACGGGGCAAAAGGCUUAA